GUAGCUUCUCCUCCACCUCCGGGAUAUCGUGACCAGGAGCUGUCUGAGCGGACCCAGACGCCCGCCUUGGCCUUCCGCGCACUUUACGCUCCUUUUCGACAUCGCUUCAUCGUCGCGAUGCCAUUUACUCUGUCGCACCAACCAUGACAGACCGAGAGGCCCAACAGGGCGACCCUACUGCUCAGACAGGCGAGGAUGGGGUGAUUGCUGCCGAUCCCAAGGCAGAGGCUCCAAAGGAACCUGAGCCAAAGGAGAACAGUGAUACGAAGAAGGUAUCAGAAGAAGGGGAGGAAGACGAGGAGGAAGAAGAUGAUGAGGAGGACGACGACGAUGACGACGACGACGACGGAGAGGAAGAUGAUGAGGAGGAAGAGGAGGACGACGAGGACGAUGACGACGACGAAGACGAAGACGACGAGCCGAAGCUCAAAUACGCCAGGCUGACUCCGCACUUGAGCGCCGUGUAUAGGAAUGGCGACGCCACAAGCUCGUUCCUUGUCGCGGGCGACAAGAUGAUUGCAGGCACUCACGACGGCAAUAUUCACGUCUUUCAACUGCCGACGUUUAAUUCGCUACGAGUUUAUCACGCGCAUUCGGCGACUGUGACCAGCCUCUCGAUCUCGCCAUACCCGCCACCGGCCCUGCCAUCAACAUUAAAGCCAGAUGCUCUUACCCAGGUUGUCUCGGAGAACCUGGACACUCCAGCCGCCAGGCAAGCGCACGCGUCGCCGUCUCGUCAUGGCAGAGGCCGCGAGCCGCCUCAGGUGCCAAAUGUGCCGUGGAACCAGAUCUACAUCGGAACAUCGUCCAUGGAUGGCAACGUCUGCGUCCAGAACUUGGUGGACAUGAAGGACGUCUCGUUACGCAAUUUUGCCCGCCCUGUGCAAUCAGUCGCGCUGUCGCCGGACUACAAGAACGACAAGACCUAUCUCUCCGGAGGCACAGCCGGUAGCCUCAUUUUGACCGUGGGCGCGCCGCCGGGAAGAAGCUCGUCGACCACCACUGGCGGCGCAGCUGCCGCAGCCUCCGGUUGGCUUGGGAGCAUGGGUCUGGGCGGCGCGUCUGGCAAAGACACUGUGUUACACUCUGGCGAAGGCACGAUCAGUACCAUCAAGUGGUCGUUAUCGGGCAAGUAUGUUGCCUGGAUCAACGAGCACGGCAUCAAGAUCAUGCGCUCCAAGUUGCAUCUCGAUAGCGCCGAUGUGGAAGACGCGUGGAAGCGCAUUGGACAUAUCGAUAGACCGCAGACGGAGGAAUGGGACGAGAUGGCAAGUUCCUGGAAAGGUCGCGCAGAGUGGAUUGACGAGCAGUCGGUCGCUCCUGACGAUGACGGAGACAGCAGUACAGACGGUCCGGCUGCUGCCGCUGCCUCGGCGGCCGCGACGAGCCUCAAGACCACCGUGCUCAAGAGCGACAAGAAGAUCGAGAGACUGCUGGUGGGCUGGGGCGGAACCAUUUGGAUCAUCCACGUGCAUCCCGGGGGUCCCGGGGUGGGCAAGCAUGCUGGAGAGCGCACGCCUGGUCGUGCCGAGAUCGUCAAACUACUACGCAUGGACUGCAUCAUCUCGGGCAUCUCGCUUUAUACGCAGAAUCUGCUUCUGGUACUUGCGUACUGCAAAGCAGAGGAAGACGAAUCGGAAGGCCAAGCCGUCGCGCCGAAAGGACACAAGUCAACCGGAUCCACGGCCUCGGGUAGGAGCGAGCCCGCUGGGGGCAUUCGGCACCGUCAGAACGCGCUGCCGCCCGAGUUGCGGUUGAUCGACCUCACAUCUCAGGCAGAAGUCGACAAGGACAGCCUGACCGUCAGCCGCCUGGAGCGCCUCUCGUCCAAUGACUACCACUUGGGCGUUCUGCCUGCCAACAAAGCUGCAUCGGUCGUGGCGUCUCGCGGCAUGCUCGAGGCCAUGACCGGGUUCGGUACGGAGAUGCUCAGCGCUGCCAUCAACCCGAGGGCGCUAUUCAGCUCUGGCGCCAGCAUAAAGAGCAAGGAUUCUAAUGACGCGUCGUCGGCGACGAAGAUCCCCAGCGUAGCGGGCAGUCUGCGCGGUGCAGCGCGCCCUCCCACGCAGGCAGUACAUCCGAGUCUUGCCAAGCCGGGUGCCAAGAUCUUCAUCCACAGUCCAUACGACUGUAUUCUUGCCACGAAGCGCGACCUCGGCGACCAUCUUGGCUGGCUGCUAGAGCACCACCAGUGGCAGGACGCCUGGGAGCUGCUGGAUGAACACCCCGAGAUCAUGGCAUCGCCACCAGAGAAUCUGGCCGACCUGAUCCCGGCGGCGUCUCCUGGCCGGGGUCGCGUGUCGACAGAGGACUCCUUUGAUGACGCAUCCACAGUUGCAGACACCCAAGAACGAAAGUACGCCGUCGCGGCUGAGAAGGAGAAGCGCAGCAUUGGUGACCUCUGGAUCCAGGAGCUCAUCAACCAAAAGGAGUGGGCAAAGGCGGCAGAGAUCACGGCAAAGGUCGUCGACACCGCGGUGCAGUGGGAGAAGUGGAUCUACACGUUUGCAGGAGCAAAGAAGUUUGACGAGAUUGUCAACUACAUGCCCACGGAGCCGAUACACCCGCCGAUCCCGGGGGCCGUGUACGAGGUUGUGCUGGGCCACUAUGUCCAGCAGGACAAGCUCCGGCUGAAGGAGCUGCUGGACCGCUGGGAUUUCCGUCUCUUCGAUAUCGCAGUGGUCACAACUGCCCUUGAGAACCAGCUGCAGUAUCGCGAUGUCAGAGAAGACAGCGUCGAGGGCGGUGAGAAGGGCCGCGACUGGCGGAUAGUGAUGGAGAGCCUGGCAAAGCUGCACGAGGCCAGUGCACGCUACAAGAAGGCGCUCCGCUGCUACAUCAAGCUGCACGACGCCGAUUCGUCGAUGCGGCUCAUUCGCGACUACCACCUGGCGGAUUCUGUGACGGACGACGUUGCCAGCUUCAUUGGCUUGCGAGUGCCCGAUGGCAAACUGAGCCGCAUGUCGGUGCCCGACCUGGACGAGGCAACGUCUGAGGCCAUCACGCUGCUGGUGGAUGAGGCGCAGCGCGGGCUGAUUCCACCUCUUGUCGUGGUGCGCCAGUUGGAGCAGAAGCACCUCAAUGCCUACCUGUACUUUUACUUCCGAGGCCUCUGGCAGCAGCACCGCGAGCAGCCCCUGGACGAGUCCAUGUCCCUCGUCGACGACUUUGCCGAUCUGGUGGUGCGCAUCUUUGUGCUCUUCAAGGAUCGGGAUCUGCUCAUGGACUUUCUGAGGGUCUCGACCUCGUAUAAGUUUGAGGCGGCCGUGCAGGAGUGCGAGAACGCCAACUACAUCCCCGAGCUCGUGUAUCUCUAUUCCAAGACGGGUCAAGUGAAGCGUGCGCUCUACCUGAUCAUCGACCGCCUCGGCGACGUGUCACAGGCGAUCGCCUUCGCCAAGGAGCAAGACGACCCGGACCUCUGGGAGGAUCUCCUAAACUACAGCAUGGACAAGCCGCGCUUCAUCCGGGGCCUCCUGGAAGAGGUGGGCACAGCCAUUAACCCCAUCAGGCUCGUGCGGCGCAUCCCUGAGGGUCUUGAGAUUCCAGGCCUCCGGGAGGGGCUCAAGCACAUCAUGAAGGAGCACGAGAUCCAGUACAGCAUCUCUUCCGGCGUGGCGCGUGUGCUGCGGUCCGAGGUCGCGGCUGCGCAGACGCAGCUCCGCAACGGCCAGCGCAAGGGCAUCAAAUUCGAAUCGCGCGAUGGCGGCGCGGAGGGAGGCGACGACGAGAAAGCGCCGCGUGACACUCGAGGCGAGUGUGCGAGUUGCAAGGCGGCAUUUACCGAGUGGGAGACCGAGACCCUGGUCGGCUUUGCCUGUGGGCACGUCUAUCACGUGACACAUCUGCUGGAGGACCUGCAUCCGGGCGAGCCGAUCGACCCGGGCAUGGUGGGCAGUAGCGGGAGCGACCGCUCGAGAGGCGGGAGAUACAUUGGGAGCAAGGUGACGCGGACGAGGCUGCUGCGGGACCGGAUAGAGCGUGGGUGUCCUGUGUGCGAGAGCAAGCUGUCAGCGGUGCAGGGUGUGUAGAUUGCACGGCGAAUAUGCAUGGCAUGGCGUUCUCGGAGUUUGCUUUUUUUUUUCUUCCCCUCCACGUCAAGCCUCUUCGUUUUGGACAUAGUUUGCUACUCGAAAGAUACCAUUGUGCUUGCCCU